AUGAAUAUCUCAUAUCAAUAAAAAUUAUUGUGGCUUACCACAUAAGAUAUAAAUAACAAUAAGUAAGUAUUACAUGUCCAUAAUCUUAGUACAAUUAUAAUAGAAUUUCUAUAAAAUCAUUUGAAUAAAUUAAUUUAAGCUAUUCUGACAAAAAUAUUAAAUUCUACUUUCUAAUUUGAUCCAGUUGUCAUAGAACUUAAUCAAAUGAUUGUAAAGUCUCUCUUAUAAAGUAAAUUGUUAUUGAUAAAUUCUGGAUAGAUUAAAUGUUUGCUAUAAAUUAUGUCUCAUAUAUCAAUAAAAUCAAUUAAUUCAUUUAAUCUACUGAAAUGA